UGUACGGACAGGCAGGCGCGGACUCCAAUUUGCAUUGCUACCUACUGCCGCAUUACGUACCUGCCGCGCCAAUAAUACAAGUCAUACCUCAAUCCACAUCUUGACCUUUACAUAACAUCUAAACUUCCAUCUCCUUCAUUAUUGGUCCAAGUGCUAAAGUUAUUUGACCUUAAUUAACUGCACGCGAUAAUGCUCCCAUCUUGAGAUGACAUCCAUUGUGUGCCGGUCCAUUAACAAACUUAGCGUGCUGCUACGCUAGAUCGCGUUCCUUUCUUCCUCUAACUACCUAGGUAUCUAGCAACAAGCACAUCUUGGUUUAGGACCAAACAGCGCAACUCCAACAAACCCCAUCACGCAGCUUACAAGGCUCCAUUAGCCAUGGCAUCUAAGCGCAAGGCUUCGGCAAUGGCAGCAGCUUCUGCUGUUGAUGAGGAACCAGUAGAUCCAGCAGAUGAGCUGAUGUUUCUCUGUCUAGGAGGUGGAAACGAAGUCGGCCGAUCAUGCCAUAUCAUCCAGUACAAAGGAAAGACAGUCAUGCUCGAUGCUGGCCAACAUCCUGCUUACGAUGGUCUCGCCGCUCUCCCCUUCUUUGACGACUUCGACCUAAGCACUGUCGAUGUUCUGCUUAUUAGCCAUUUCCAUAUAGACCACGCCGCAUCUCUUCCCUAUGUUCUAGCGAAGACCAAUUUCAGAGGCAGGGUCUUUAUGACACAUCCAACCAAGGCUAUCUAUAAAUGGCUUAUCCAAGACAGUGUCCGAGUUGGCAACACUUCUUCGAACCUUACGUCACAGCCCGUAUAUACGGAACAGGACCAUCUAAAUACCUUCUCUCAGAUCGAAGCAAUCGAUUACCACACAACUCACACAAUCUCUUCUAUUCGGAUUACUCCGUAUCCUGCUGGUCAUGUACUAGGUGCUGCGAUGUUCCUCAUAGAGAUAGCUGGAUUGAACAUAUUCUUCACGGGAGACUAUUCUCGAGAGCAAGACAGACAUUUAGUAUCUGCAGAGGUCCCUAGAGGUGUUAAAAUCGAUGUGCUUAUCACAGAAUCGACUUAUGGAGUAUCAACCCAUGUUCCACGACUGGAGAGGGAACAGGCAUUAAUGAAGUCGAUCACGGGUAUCCUCAACCGAGGUGGACGAGUCUUGAUGCCUGUGUUCGCUUUGGGCAGAGCUCAAGAGCUGUUACUAAUCUUGGAUGAGUAUUGGGGUAAGCAUCAGGAAUUCCAAAAGGUUCCCAUCUACUAUGCCAGCAAUCUAGCACGAAAGUGCAUGGUUGUAUACCAGACAUACAUUGGGGCUAUGAACGACAAUAUUAAGCGUUUGUUUCGAGAACGAAUGGCAGAAGCUGAGGCUGCAGGAGAUGGCGCCGGUAAAGGCGGUCCUUGGGAUUUCAAGUAUAUUAGGUCUCUCAAAAGUCUUGACAGAUUCGACGACGUGGGCAGCUGCGUCAUGCUUGCAAGCCCCGGUAUGUUGCAGAACGGUAUUAGCAGAGAGCUACUAGAGAGAUGGGCGCCGAACGAGAAGAACGGAGUUAUUAUCACAGGUUACAGUGUCGAAGGUACCAUGGCCAAGUAUAUCGUUCAGGAGCCAGAUCAGAUUCAGGCCGUCAUGUCGAGAAGCGUCAAUGCCGUGCGGAGGGCACCUGGCGCCGAUAGCGAGAAAGUUAUGAUACCUCGAAGAUGUAGUGUUGCCGAAUAUUCUUUUGCCGCGCACGUCGACGGCCAAGAAAAUAAGGACUUUAUCGAAGAGGUCGGAGCUCCUGUGGUGAUUUUGGUGCACGGGGAGCAGCACAAUAUGAUGCGGUUGAAGUCCAAGCUGUUAUCAUUGAACGCGGGAAAGACAGAUAAAGUCAAAGUGUUUAGCCCUAGAAAUUGUGAAGAACUACGCAUCCCCUUCAAAACCGAUAAGGUUGCUAAGGUAGUCGGCAAACUUGCGUCGAUACCCCUCCCAAGGAAUUUACCUUCACCUGACGAUCAAAACACCGAACUGGUAGCCGGAGUCAUCGUUCAGAACGAUUUCAAGAUGUCGCUAAUGGAUCCCGAAGACUUGCGCGAAUACGCGGGUCUCACGACUUCUACGAUCGCGUGUCGACAGCGAUUCACUUUGAGCGCAGCUGGUAUCGACCUUAUCAAAUGGGCUCUCGAGGGCACCUUUGGCAGCAUCGAAGAACUCCCCGAGACUAAGAAUCGAAAGGAGAUCUCCGAGAAGGAGGAGACAAACGGGGACGACAAGAAGGCUGAAGCGAAGGCUGAAGCGGAUGAAGAGAUCGCUCAGCUCGUUGCGGCUUACCUGGUCAUGGGUUGCAUCACGGUGCGCUAUCGCAACAACGGCGAGGUGGAAUUGGAAUGGGAAGGUAACAUGCUGAACGAUGGCAUUGCCGACGCCGUCAUGGCGGUUCUACUAUCUGUCGAGAGCAGCCCUGCUGCCGUCAAGCGAUCCGCGAACAAGCAUUCCCACUCCCACGAGUUGCCGGCCCGCAAUCCCCACGCUAAUCUGACGCCGGACGAGCGGUUGGAACGCCUGUUCAUGUUCCUCGAGGCACAGUUCGGCGCCGACGCGCUUACUCCCAUCACGGUACCCAAACUACCGCCCCUAGUCAAGGACAAGAAGCCCAAGAAUGCAGAUGGCGAGGGCGAAGACGCCGCUUCCGAUGCAUCUAUGGAGCUAUCGGACGACGGCGACGAAGAGGAGCGGCUCCUAGAGCUGCGGCAGAAGACGGAGCUCGAGCGUCUCCACAAGAUUGGUAUCCCCGUGCCGGGCAUUACCAUCAGGGUGGACAAGAUGGUUGCUACGGUCUGGCUCGAGAAUCUCGAGGUGGAGUGCCAGCAUAAGGCGUUCGCUGACCGGGUCAAGGCUGUUGUCGAACGGGCUGUCGAGAUCACAGCGCCGCUAUGGGGCUGAUAUCAUCUUCAUCGUCUUCUUCCGUCCUAAGAUGACUGAUAUGAGAUUACGGAGAUAAGACACUAGGCCGUCAUGCGCGUAUGUACACUAUUGCUAAGAUCAGGAGUUUUGAGGCUACGUAGGUAGUGGAGUGGACUAUAGGGAAGAUGUGAUAUGACAUGACAUAGCCGUGCCGGUUCCGAGAUGGUCAGGAGAUAGGCGCGCGCGAGAGGUGUUAUGAGGCUAAAACUACGGAUGAGGCUCUGCAAUACCGACCUGCAUGUCAUACGCUAGGUACAUUUCCCCAUCUGUGGCGGAUGUGAUGUUUGAACAUCGCCAUGCCAUCUUUCAAUAGCCGGGUUAUGUCCUUGAUGAGUACCUAAAAGAACAACAAUUCCUCGAUGAGUAACAUGAUUCUUGACACUUCUGCGUGACUAACUUGCGGAGGCUCACACAAGGGGGGAAUCCGUCUGAAUCCUAUUCCGUUGUCACGCGGGAAUUAUGCAUGUGCCGGUUUUUUUUAUGCCUUGCAUGCAAAUCGGAAUAUAAGUCGGCAUAUUAUAUUUCGACACUGCCGACAGGGUUGAACCAUUCUCAUGGUUAGGACGUAGUCUAAGAAUUAUAUAGGAAGUUAGUCCCUAUAGUAUAUAGUAUCACACUUUGAAUAGUACCGAGGUAGGCAGUACAAUUCGUUAUGCCUACUAUGAUCCAGGCCGUAUAUUGGCCACACGGGUGUAAG